UUGCAGAGUAACACACACUGACAGAGAGAGAGAGAGAUAAAGGGAGAUUGUCGCUCAAACACUAAACCGGAAGACCACCCUGGGCCAGCACGGAUUGUGAUGAGCGCGCGAUCAUCUGAGCAAUCGAUGGAUGAUGAUGUGCGAAAAGACGAACUUCCACCACCCGCACCCCCCCAGACAAGACGCGGAACAAGUUUCUUCCCCCCCUCUGGUUGUCCGUUUCCGGGCGUGGCGUUGCCGAAAUCCGUCAUCCGAUGGGGUGGUCAACCUGGAAGGCUCGAUCCCAAAGGUCGUCGUUGGCCGAGGACCCCGCCACUGCAGAGCGCUUCACGCCUACCCCGACAGAGAGAGAGGGAGAGAGCACCAAAAACUCCAAUCCAUUACUCACACCGAGGUUCCCAUCCGCGAGACCGGAAGAGACGAGGCUUGACUGAAAUCUCGAAAAGGACAAAAUCAAAACAGAGAGAGAGAGAGAGGGAGACACUAUUCAAGGUCGUCACGUGUGUUGAGGUCAUCCCCCCCCAAAUCGAGAGACAGAAUUCUUCCAAUCGUGCGGACCGCUCGACCAAAGCGCGCUGGAGGGGUCACACUUGCUCGUUGGUUUUGUGUGGACCGGUUUGGAACAAGGCCCGGUUCGCGUCCCGUUUUUCCCCCCCUGCAUCGUCGGAUCCGUUUGGUGGAUCGUGCGACGCCCGUUACGUUGACGAUGAUGAUGAUGAUGAUGAUCUGCCCCCCCAUGUGAGAGACAGAGAGCGCGCGAGAAAGCGAGCGAGAAAGAGAGUUUGUGUCCCCGACCCCGCCAAGGACCUGAAGGACUACAUGCGCCAAGCCGGAGAGGUCACCUACGCCGAUGCCCACAAGCAGCGCAAGAAUGAGGGGACCCGCGGGCGCCAUUCACCGCAAUACUACGGUGUCGUCGAGUUCGCGACCAGUUCGGACAUGAAGACCGCCAUCGAGAAGCUGGACGAUACGGAGCUGAACGGACGUCGCAUCCGGCUGGUGGAGGACCGCGGUGGACGCAACGGUGGCAGCAGCGGAGGCCGCAACGGACGGGGCCGCUCACGGUCGUCCAGCAGCCGUUCGCGGUCCCGCUCGAGGCGCCGCUCCAGCCGUAGCAGAUCUCGGUCGCGUCGCUCCAGCCGCAGCCGGUCCAAGUCCCGUAGCCGGUCUAAAUCGCGCAGUGCCAGCGUCGCCUCCAAACGGUCCCGCUCCCGCUCCAACAAAUCCCGCGAGCGCGACUCCAAGUCCAAAUCGCGAUCCCGCUCCGUCGAGCGCGACCGCAGCCGCAGCCGGUCCAAGUCCAAGGACGCCAAGUCACGCAGCCGCAGCCCCCGCUCCCGGUCGCGCUCCAAGUCCAAGGAUAACAAAUCCCGCAGCCGCUCGCGGUCGGCGCACUCGCGUUCCCGCUCGCGGGGAGGCUCCCGUGGUGGGUCGCGCGGUGGUUCCCGCGACCGGUCACGCUCGCCGGCAGACAAACGGGACGGAAAAUCCCGGUCGGCGUCGCCCAAGAACAACGACCACUCGCCCGAGCGCAACGAAAGCAUGGACGACUAGGCGGAACUUGGUGGUGCCGCUGGGACAUUUUAGAAUUAAACCUGAUACAACAACAACAACAACAAACAAGCAAAAAACAAACUCACACUCAGCUAACACACGAGUUGGGGGUGUUGCUCUGAUUUUCGCGAGAGGAGGAGCAUUUUUUUGUUUUCUUUUAUGUAGAUUACACAAAAUACAUACAAUUAAAGGUUAGGUUUUAAGCUACGAUUACGAUUGGGUUGUUUUCACACACACACAAAAAGCGCGAAACGGAUCGUAAUUUUCUCGGUUUAUAAAUUGAUACAACACACACACACACACUUAAAAACAGUAAGGUUUCACACUAUCUUCUUUUUUUUAUUUUCUGUAAGGAAAAUACGCGUAAGGCGUGAAAGCAAAACUAUAAAAAACAUAAACCUAGGAUUACUUUUAAUAUCAAUUGUUAAAAGAAACACAAGUCAUGGAAAGAGCGAUAGGGGAAACGAAAUGGAAAGAAGCUAGGUAAGCCCAAAUCUUCGUGUAGACACUGUGUGUUGGUGAGUGUGAAUGGAAUUAAGUUAUGGAUCUCUCGCUGAAGGAAGAUGGAAGUAAGGACACACAAUGAAUAAAACCACAAACAAUACUUGCGUAUUAAUUUCACGUCUUCUCGUCUUUGAUACUUGAUUAAACAAUAAUGAUAAAACACAUCCUAUUCGAUUGUACCUCUUGUUUAGGUGUGAAACGUUCCGUAACGCCACUUUGGACUGUACUUCUGGUAGUUGAGUGUAGUGAGAGAUGUAGAGAGUUGAAUAAAGGAAGCUCGAUUAAGAUAA